AUGCCUUGCUGUGUGCGCCUUACGGAGUUCGAAAGGGAACAAUUAAAGCUGAGUAGGGAAAUAGAAAAACGCAUUAACCAAGAUAGAAAAGAAAAGCAACGUGAGCUCAAAAUACUAUUGCUGGGCACAGGCGAGGCUGGUAAAUCUACAUUUAUUAAACAAAUGCGGAUAUUACACAACAAUGGCUACAGUUAUAUUGAAAAGCUCUCUUUUUCUACAUUGAUCUUUAAAAAUAUUGUACAGAGCAUACAGGCCAUGACUCAAGCUAUGGAUAUACUCAACAUACCAUUUGCUGAUGAGGAAAAUAUUGUGCGUGCGGAUACGCUGAUGAUGCUUGAGCCUAAUACGGUUAGUCAGCUUGUGGAUCCUUAUUUGAGUGCCAUUAAGGCUUUAUGGGCGGAUGCUGGCAUACAAAAGUGCUACGCACGUCGUAGGGAGUAUCAGCUACUUGAUUCCGCUAAAUACUACCUAGACGACCUGGAGCGCAUAUCAGGUCCUGAUUACCUACCAGUGGAUCAGGAUAUCUUACGUUCUCGUUUUCCGACAACUGGAUUAGUCGAGCACACCUUUGAAUUUAAGCAGAAUAUAUUUCGAAUGACUGAUGUUGGUGGUCAGCGAUGUGAGCGGAAAAAGUGGAUUCAUUGUUUUGAUAAUAUCGCUUCGAUGAUAUUUCUGGCCGCUCUUUCUGAAUACGACCAAGUUUUGUUUGAAUCUCAUGUUGAUAAUCGUAUGCUUGAAUCAGUAGCCCUAUUUAAAAACAUUAUUAACGCGCCUUGGUUUAAAAAUGCUGUAAUUGUUUUGUUCCUUAACAAAAAGGAUAUAUUUGAUGAGAAAAUUAUGCAUUCAAAUUUAGUAGACUACUUUCCAAAGUAUAAGGGACCAAUAAACAACAGUGAAAAGGCUGCUUCGUUUAUACGGACAAUGUAUGAGGAUGCGGAUCGAAAUAGGACGAUUUAUACCCAUUUAACCUGCGCAACAGAUACAAAAAACAUGGUUUUCGCAUUUAAUUCUGUCAGGGACUCACUUCUGACUAAAAUGCUGAAGGAUACACUAGAAUAG